AUGGGACCCGAUGCUGAUCCGGCCGAGCAAUUCGCCUGCACCGCCUCCUCUCACCUUGCUCUCCUCCCGCUCACUCACAAACCGCAUCGCAGCGCACAUGGGCAAACGCACGCUCACCACACACUCUGCUUGAGCCGCACUGACUCAUCGUGCGGAACAGCAAACGACAGCGCACCUCCAGCGUACUCGGCUCCUCCCCACGCGAAUGGCUCCUCUUCUCAGCCGAACCAGCAGGUUGCGCUCGUCGACUUUGCAGAGUACCACGUCUACAAGGAUGGGAGGAUGUGGGGGAAGGACGACAUCAUCACGGGGCCGGACAAGCAGGUCAUGCUCUACUACCUUCACUUCCCCGUCAAAUUCUUCAGCGCUCGGUGGGACUUGUCGCUCAGACGAGGCGGGCCGGACGGGCAAGAGGUGUGCAGGUUGGUCAAGGGGGGGUCGUUUAGCAGUUCGUUCGAGAUCAUCUGGCCAGCCGGCUUCUCAACCAAGUGUAUCCGCCAAGGCACCUUUAACAUGCGCUACGAGUUUGUCGAUACCACUACGGGUGAAUGGUACACCUGGAAGCAAGACAGUAUGUGGAUGAGCUACUACGACUGGUCGCUAUGGAAGAAAUCAGAAGCCGACGCCAAGAUCCCGAAGGAGCGGCGAACACUAGUCGCGCACUGGCGCACCCCGUCAUUCUCAUUCUCGAAAGACGGGACGCUGCAGAUCAAUCCGAACUAUGCACAUUUGACGGAACUAAUCUUGGCCACGGCGCUCGGGGUCGAAGGCGCGCUUUCCAUUCUCAUCCUCCCUUGCCGGGUCUCCUGCUGA